GGCCGGCUGCCCUCUCGGACAGCCGCAUCGGAGGAGAAAAAUGGCGGAGGCUUCGGCGGCUGGGGCGGACGCGAAGGAGGAAGCUGUAGCCGCCCACCGGUUUUUCUGCCACUUUUGCAAGGGCGAGGUCAGCCCCAAACUACCGGAAUAUAUAUGUCCUAGAUGUGAAUCGGGCUUUAUUGAAGAAGUAACAGAUGAUUCCAGUUUUUUAGGUGGUGGUGCCAGCCGGAUAGACAGUAGCACUUCAACACAUUUUGCAGAGCUGUGGGACCAUUUGGGUCAAACGAUGUUUUUCCAAGAAUUUAGACCAUUUCUAAGUAGCAAUCCACUGGACCAAGAUAAUAGAGCCAAUGACAGGGCUCACCAAACUCACACUGACUUCUGGGGACCAAGUCGGCCUCCAAGGCUUCCAAUGACUCGGAGAUACAGGUCUCGAGGAAGUACUCGUCCUGACAGAUCUCCAGCUAUUGAAGGAAUAAUACAACAGAUCUUUGCAGGAUUCUUUGCAAAUUCUGCAAUUCCUGGAUCCUCACACCCCUUUUCUUGGAGCGGGAUGCUGCACUCCAACCCCGGGGACUAUGCCUGGGGUCAGACAGGGCUUGAUGCCAUUAUAACCCAGCUUUUAGGACAACUGGAAAACACAGGACCUCCUCCAGCUGACAAGGAAAAGAUCACUUCUCUUCCAACAGUGACAGUGACUCAGGAACAAGUUGAUACGGGUUUAGAAUGUCCAGUAUGUAAAGAAGAUUAUACAGUUGAAGAGGAAGUCCGGCAGUUACCCUGCAAUCACUUCUUUCACAGCAGUUGUAUUGUGCCAUGGUUAGAACUGCACGAUACAUGUCCUGUAUGUAGGAAGAGCUUAAAUGGUGAGGACUCUACUCGGCAAACCCAGAGCUCUGGGGCUUCUGCAAGCAACAGAUUUAGCAGUGACAGCCAGCUACAUGACCGAUGGACUUUCUGAAACUAAAGACCACACCUGAAAUAGUCUUCUUACCAUAGAUGUAAAUUGUAUCAAAACAAAAAAAUAGUAGAUAGAUUUAGGAAUCACAUUAAGAAACCCCAACCCAUAAUGUUAAUGCAAGGAGUGUUUUUCUUCUCUAAGUUUAAAAUUAGUAUCUAUAAAGGGAAUUGUAUCUACAGCCAGAUUCCUCUUAUUCCUGAAUUCAGAGUGAUAAUUUUAUAAGUGUGAAACUUAAGUACAGUGUGUGGAUUUUCCCCUGUCUGAAUAGAAUGAAUUCCUUGAAGUCUCGCUAGGGUUCUGCUGUAUGUCAUGUUGCUCUGUUAUGGAUAUUUCCACCUCCUUCUCCAGCCUCUGUCCCACCAUUAGUGUAUUUAAAUUGCAGUAAAUGCAGAGGAACCACAGUCCUAAAAUCCUGAUGAUAUAAGGUCCUUUUGUCUUAGUUGUGCAAAAGCAUCUACUUUUGUCCAUAUAAGCAAUGAAGUAAGGUCUGAUUAAUUCAGGAUUUUGAGAUUGAUGAUUUUAUUUUGUCUCAGUCUCAUAAAGCAAAUGAAAAAAAAAAAUCACACUAGCAAGGAACAGGUGGCCUAUCAUCAUACACCUUGGUGUGCCCUUUCUGCAGAGACGAACGAGGCAUGUCUUGAGAGUCUUAUAUUGGGAGAAAUCUAAUACUGGUUCCUUUUUGGUAAUGAAUGUCUUGUUAAGACACAGAAAGGUUGGUUAUGAUGGUGCCACCUGUAAUCCUAGCACCUGGGAGGUGCAGGCAGGAGCGCCAUGAGUUAGAGGCCAGUCUGGGCUACAUUGUGAAACUGUCUUGGGGGAAAAAACAAAGACACACAGAUAUUUGAAAUCUCUAGUUUUGAGAUUUUUGAAAACGAUACCCAACUCGUUCACUAUCUCUUGCUCUAGCAACCUUAAAAUAGUUUCUUUUAUAAAAGUAGGAUUACGUCAUUACUAUUUCCACAGCCAAUUCACUGGUUUUAGUAAUUCAUUAUUCAUUAGGAAUUGAAAUUUUACAUUGUUUCAGUUUUUAAAGCCCAUUUUUCAUCUCUGAAACUUUCUGAUCUGCUUUGCUCUGCGUAUACUAGGAGUCAGACCAAUUAAUAUGAUCAUGCCAAGAACAACUAGGCCUGGAAGAGGUAGGCCUUACUUUUUCAGCCUAACACUGUCCCAUACAUAUGUUCUUUUGAAUGUUUAAAGUUGAAUAAAUGAAGAAUGUUAAAAAA